AUGUCCAAGAGCGUUCUAAGCGAGAGGCAGCGUGAUGAGCUGCACAAGGCCAUUUUGGACUACUUGAGCACCAAUGGAUUCACAGAGUCGUUCCAGACAUUCAGGAACGAGUCUGGGAAUCAAGCCUUUACUCCAGGACCGAAGCAGAAUUCCUCAGGAUUGCUGGAGAAAAAAUGGACCUCUGUGAUCCGUUUGCAAAAGAAGAUCAUGGACCUUGAAAGCAAAAUGACGGCUAUGCAGGAGGAACUCAGCAACGCACCCGUCAGGAAAGUCACUAGUUCAGGAGACUGGAUUCCUCGGCCACCUGAGCGCUGGACGUUGACAGGCCAUCGCAACCCGAUCACACGUGUGGCAUUCCACCCUGUUUUUACCAUUCUCGCUUCUGCUUCAGAAGACACCACAAUACGGAUCUAUGAUUACGAGACGGGCGAAUACGAGCGGACACUCAAGGGACACACCAAGGCCGUUCAGGAUCUUGCCUUUGACCCGAAGGGCAACUUUUUGGUGUCGUGCUCAAACGAUCUGAGCAUCAAAAUUUGGGAUCUUCAGCAGGACUACAAAUGCAUUAAGACAUUGUUUGGACACGACCACAGUGUGUCGUCAGUUGCCUUUCUUCCUUCUGGCGACAUGAUUGCCUCAGCAUCUCGCGACAAAACAAUCAUGCUCUGGGAGCUCUCCACAGGGUACUGCGUGAAGACAAUCGCGGGACACUUGGAGUGGGUUCGAUUCAUUCAGCCAAGUCAGGAUGGGCGUCUCCUUGUGAGCUGCUCUAGCGAUCAGACGGCGCGUGUUUGGGAUGUCUCGACAGGAGAGUGCAAGAGCGAGUACAGAGGACACGACAACGUUGUAGAAUGCGCAGCCUUUGCACCCUUGGCUGCUUACCCUUUCAUCAAGGAGCUCAUUGGAAUCGACCCCAAAGUGAGCUCCAAGGAGCAGCCUCUUCCUGGACAGUAUGCUGCCACAGGUUCAAGAGACAAGACUAUCAAGAUCUGGGAUUCUACAGGACAAUGCAUCCACACCCUGAUUGGUCAUGAUAACUGGGUCAGAGGGCUGGUGUUCCACCCAUCGGGCAAGUUCCUGCUGAGUGCUUCGGACGACAAGACAAUGAAGAUUUGGGACUUGAAGUCAGGACGUUGUAUGAAGACGAUGGAGGCACACUCGCACUUUGUGACCUGCAUUGCAUUCAACACGACAAGUCCCGUUGUAGCGACGGGCUCGGUUGAUCAGGUAAUGAACAAUACUGAGCUUGAUAGCGAUACGGCUCCACCGGCUCCACUGCAUUGUAUAUUCUCGCACAUUGUCUGUUUGUCUGUUGAGGGAAACGUGCAUAGGGUCGCCAAAAAAAAUAAUACUGACAUUACCCCAUUUUCAUUUGAAAUCCUAUAA